AUGAAUGACACCUGGACAGAAAGCAUCUCUCAAAUCCUGGGCUGGGGCUAUUUCGUCCUGUGGUCACUGUCAUUCUAUCCGCAAGUCCUGCAGAACCACGGCCGCCGCUCAACAGACGGCUUCUCUAUUGACUUUGCUCUGCUCAACGUGCUCGGACUAUCUGCGUACACCGUUUUCAACGCGUGCUUCCUCUUUUCCCCGGUUGUGCGCGCUCAGUAUGCCCAGCGACAUCCGCAGAGCCCUGAACCAACCGUCCAAUGGAACGAUUUCGUCUACGCCCUUCACGGGGCACUGAUCUGUUGCUGGACCAGCAGCCACUUCCUAUGUGCACGGUUUUGGAACUUUAAUUCCAAGCAGCAGCGGGCGAGUACGCUAGCUCUCGUGCUCUUUUGGGGCUGCCUGGGGGUGGUCCCUCUGACCGUUCUGUGGGUUAUGGUGUCGAUGUCUUGGGAAUGGAUUGAUGUGGUGUACGUGGUCGGCAUGAUCAAGGUGUUCCUCACGGCCGUCAAAUACACACCCCAGGCAGCGAUGAAUUAUCGGCGGCAGUCAACAACUGGGUUUUCCAUCGGGGCAAUCUUGCUAGAUCUGUCCGGUGCGGUUCUGUCGCUGAUGCAGCUGGUGCUGGAUUCCUCGUUGCAGGCGGACUGGUCGGGCGCCGUUGGCAACAUUGCCAAACUCCUGCUGGGCAACAUCAGCGUUCUAUUUGAUCUAAUCUUCAUCUUUCAGCACUUUGGCCUGUAUCGCGAACGAUUGGCAGAGAAUAAGCCAGGACUAUCAGUGCGCGAUCCUCUUCUAGAUAGCAGGAAUGAGGCAUAG